AUGGCGCGCCCGCGCGUGUGCGUCAUCGGGGGGGGCGCGUCGGGGCUCACCACCAUCAAGCAGCUCAAGGACCAGGGCAUCACCGACGUCGAGUGCUUCGAGAAGGAGGACGAGGUCGGCGGCAUCUUCUUGCAUGGGUCGUCCAAGAACGGCGUCUACGACAACUGCGUUCUCACCAUCAGCAACUACAUGAUGGCCUUCUCGGACAUGCCUCCCUCGGGCCACCGCUACCACUGGCACCACAGCGAGUACCGGGACUACCUGUGCGAGUACGCCCGGGUGCACGACCUCAGGAGGCACGUGAGCUUCGGCACCUCGGUGCUCAGCGUGGAGGGCGAGCCCGGCAGGUGGCACGUCGUUGUGCAGUCACGAGACGGCCAUGCCAUCGACAAGGGCAUCUACGAUGCCGUCGUCAUAUGUUCCGGUGCGCACCAGGCGGUGAACAUGCCGGCUCUCCCGGGCAUGGACGCGUUCGCGGGCAGGGUGGUCCACAGCAGCGAGUACAAGAACAACGCGGAGUUUGUUGGCAGGGACUGCGUCUGCGUUGGGCUCGGCGAGAGCGGCGCGGACAUCGUCCGGGAGAUCUCGGACGUGGCCAGGUCAACGGUGCUGGCGCUGCGGAGCUACCCGUACUUGAUUCCACGUCUGAUCCGGCCCUUCCACACGAACGAGAUGGGCUGCUCCUCAGAUGCUUUCACGUCACACCUCCGGCACGACCUGCUCAACGUGCCCCUCUGCCAUUACCGUAGCUUUCUGCACCUUCUCAACAGGGUGAUGUGCACUCUGGCCGCGAUUCUCUUCUGGUUCUUCCCAUCGUUGGGCGUGGACGGACGCGGGCCUACGACCGACGCGUUCCAUCAGGAAGUGUCUGCAGGGUAUCUGGACAAGGACACGCCCCACUCGCGCCUGGCGGCGAAGCUGAUAUUUCAGUUCUGCAACUUCUCCGGCCAGGCCGAGCGGGGCCAGAAAUUCGCGUGCAAGAACGUGAUGUUUGUGCAGAACAUCGUGGAGGGGAAGAUCACGUACAAUGUCACCGGCAUCAGCCGCGUGGAGCGAGACCGCGUGGUCCUCGGUGACGGCACGCAGGUGCCGUGCGACGUCCUGGUGAUGUGCACGGGCUACAAGGACGUGUUCCCGUUCCUGCGCGGCACCGUGGGCCAGAGAUCGAUGACCCCGCUGGGCGUUCCCGAGGGCAACGUGCGGAAGCUCUUCAAGCACAUCUUCCACCCGGAGAUUGGGCCAAGCAUGGCUUGGGUCGGCUUCGUCCGGCCGUCGACCGGAGGCAUACCGGCCUGCGCGGAGAUGGCCGCACGCUACCUCGCGCUCGUGCUCGCUGGCCACAGGACCCUUCCCAAGAACGUGGCCGAGCUCACGGAGGCCGACUACGAGCUGGACACGGAGUUCUACAGCCUGUCUCCCGACGUGAAGACCCUCGUGGGCUACAAGGACUGGAUGGACUCCAUGGCGCAGCUGAUCGGCUGCGAGGUCCGCCUCUGGAAGUACCUGGCGCACCCGAGGCUCUUCGUGCGCCUCUGCAUCGGCUCGCUGCUGCCUUCGCAGUAUCGCCUGUCUGGCCCUGGCGCGUUGCCAGAGCUCGCGAAGGCGACCAUCCUGUCCGUCCCCGUCGCACCUACCGCCAGGCAGUCCCUGGACGAGGCCCGCAGGGCCUGGCUGCGGCACCUCAGCCCUGCCAAGGCCCGGCUCUCCUCCGAGGGGUGCCACGGCGGCGCCCGAGGAGCCCGCGCCUGGCGUGGCGCGCGGUGA